CGUUUCCUCCUCUCAGUUAUUUUGUUUCAGUUGGGGAUUCUGGUCGAGUGAUCUUUCUUAGGUGUUUGUUCUGAAGGUGAGAUCCCCUCCCCCUUUACCACCCUGGAUCUGUUUCUGUUCCGGGCGCCCGGGAUCGGCCUCGUGGCUUUGGGCCUCCUUUUCAGAUUCACAGCCCUUCUUAUAUAAGAGACCGGAGGGCUCCACACCUCCUAUUCUUCAGUUUCACCACCUUUAAAUUCUAGCCACUCCUUCGAACGCUCUCGUGGAAACCUUUUUAGAUACCCAUUCCUUCGUUUCCGUUUCUUUUAGAAAAGAAACAUAAGUUCUUCCCUAGAGGACAGUCAUUCCUUCGUUUACACUUCAUUUUCACGGUCUUUUUUUAUUUCUAUUUUUAUUGCUUUCUUUCGCCCGAGGGCUGGCCGGUGCAAUCUGUAAUACAUGAUGCACUCCCCUCUUCUUUUCGCGCUCGGUCUGGUGACCAGCUUCGCCUCUCUUUCAGAAGCACAUACUACCUUUACCACGCUUUUCGUCGACGAUGUAAACCAGGGUGAUGGUACCUGCAUCCGCAUGGCGAAGGAGGGCAACCUUGCCACCCAUCCUAUUGCAGGUGGCCUCGACGCCGAAGACAUGGCUUGUGGACGGGACGGACAAAACGCCGUGGCUUUCUCGUGCCCGGCCCCGGCCGGCGCCAAGCUGACCCUCGAGUUUCGCGAGUGGGCCGACGCAGCGCAGCCCGGGUCCAUCGACCCAUCCCAUGUCGGCCCCAUGGCCAUCUACCUCAAGCAUGUUUCCGACAUGCAAUCCGACCCGGCCGCGGGGGAGGGCUGGUUCAAGAUCUGGGCCGAGGGGUUCGACACGGCGGCCGGGAAGUGGGCGACGGAGAAGCUCAUCGACAACAACGGCCUGCUGAGCAUCAACCUACCCCCCGGCUUACCCACGGGCUCCUACCUCGCGCGGCACGAGAUCAUCACGCUGCAGAACGUCACCAACGACAAGACGGACGCCCAGUUCUACGUCGGCUGCGCGCAGCUCGCCGUCGAGGGCGGCACCUCGGACUCGCCCAUCCCCUCGGACAAGACCGUCUCCAUCCCCGGCCACAUCAGCGACCCGGCCGACCCGGGCCUGACCUUCAACGUCUACACCGAGGACGCAUCCACCUACAAGGUCGUCGGGCCCGAGGUCUUCUUCCCCGGCGGCGGCGGCGGCGACGCCAACGCCCGACGGCAGGUGCAACAACGACAGAACACACCAUCAGGCCUAGUCCCCCCAGACUGCCUCGUCAAGAACGCCAACUGGUGCGCAUCCGCCCUGCCCAAAUACAGCGACGAGACGGGGUGCUGGGCGGCGGCGGACGCGUGCUGGGAGCAGCUGGACGAGUGCUACGAGAGCGCGCCGCCGUCGGGCAGCAAGGGGUGCAAGGUAUGGGAGGAGCAGAUGUGCACCGUCGUCUCGGACGGGUGCGAGUCCGGCGACGUGCAGGGGCCGCCCGCGGCCGAGGGCCUCGGCGAGGAUGUGAAUGAGCCGAUACCUGGUGGUAGGCUGCCUGACGCGGUCAAUGGGGGUGGGCAGGCCGCGAAGGGCAGGAAUAGGGCCCAAAGAGCGGCCGAGUGGUACAAAUAA